UUCGAAGUUAGAGAUGAAAGAUGAUGUUAUUCGUACUCGUAACACUUGCUGCUUGUAAAUAGUAAAGAUGGCUUCUGCUUUAGAAAAUUUAGAAACACAAUUGGAACUUUUUAUUGAAAAUGUUAGACAAAUUCGAAUAAUAGUUAGUGAUUUUCAACCGCAAGGUCAAAAUGUACUCAAUCAAAAGAUUCAAGGUUUAGUGAAUGGAUUACAAGAAAUAGAUAAACUCAAAUCACAAGUUCAAGAUGUUCAUGUACCUUUGGAAGUAUUUGAUUACAUUGACCAAGGUAGAAAUCCACAAUUAUAUACUAAAGAUUGUAUAGAAAAGGCAUUGACAAAGAAUGAACAAGUUAAAGGAAAGAUAGAUGCAUACAGGAAAUUUAAAGCUAAUAUGUUGGUGGAAUUAAAUCGAGUAUUUCCAAAUGAAUUAGCUAAAUAUAGAGCAGUACGUGGAGAUGAAUGAAAAAUCAAUCAAUCGUUAAAGGCUGAUGUGUAUCAUACAUGUUUAUCAGAAAUUUAAUUAUCAAAUCUUUUUUUCUUCUUCUUCUUCUUCUUCUUCUUCUUGCUUUCUGAAAUGAACCGUUAUUAUUUUGUAUAUAUUAGACAUAAAUGU